AUGCAACGGGGCAGGGAGACGCCGAUCGAGGGCGGAGCCAUCAACAUGGACCGGGUGCAGCUCAUGUACGACCAGGUUCAGACCUUCCAGCUACUGCGGCACGAGAUGCGCGGCUACGUGUUUCUCGAACGGCAGAAACGCGAGGAGGAGGACAAGGAGUUCCUCCGGCGACUCAUCCGCGAAUACCAGGCCGACCUCCGCGCCACCACCAACGCCGGGCGAAUUCCCUGUCGCUGCCUCGCUCGCCCGCGUCAGCCGUCGCCCAUCGCCUCGGCCACAAUUCGAUGCGGCGCGUCGCCAGCUAGCCCGACAACAACGAUGAGGGGGCGAGGCGGCGGCGAAGAGGCCGACGGCCAGCAGCCGCAGCCGUAG